AUGGCCGCCGACCAAGAGAAUCCGCAGGAGAUUGAAAGACGACGAUCUAGUGGCACCUCUUCCCUUCUCUCGCUCUCAUGGAGAACUUCUACCGACGAAAUUGGCCCGUACGGGCUCACCACCCUGUACUGCCCUCGCGAACCACUCGUCGAUUUUGUCUUUGUUCAUGGUCUUCGCGGAGGAUCAUAUAAGACCUGGCAGAAGUAUCGCGAACCCAGUUACCUAUGGCCUCAGGCUUGGUUGCCUUGUGAGGCCGGUCUGGAAAAUGUGCGCAUUCAUACCUUUGGCUACAAUUCAGACUGGAGCGAACGAAAAGAUAGCAUCCUCAACAUCUAUGACUUUGGAAGAAGUCUUCUGGCCGAGAUGAGGUCUUGCCCGGAUCUGAGGAAGGAUAAACAGGCAUAUAUCUUGUCCCGUCAAGAAUCCGCAACGUCGGACCUAGCUAAACGUAUUCGAAGCAUUUUCUUCCUAGCCACACCUCAUAGAGGAUCAGACUCGGCAAAUUUGCUGAAUAACAUCAUUCGUGCCACCGGAACCAUGACCACUCGGCCAUAUGUCAAAGACUUAUCCAAGAAUUCGCUGUCACUUCAAAUAAUCAAUGAUGAGUUCCGCCAUUUCUCAGAGGAUGUGCGCUUGUGGUCUUUCUAUGAAACCAUGAAGACGAACAUUGGGCUGACCUCAACAUUGAUUGUGGAAAGGGAUUCCUCUGUUCUUGGAUACAAGGAUGAGAUGAUUUACCCCAUGAACGCCAACCAUCGAGAGGUUUGUAAAUUUGACAGUCCAACAGAUCCCAACUAUCGGACUGUGAGGAACGCCUUAGUGUUGGCUGUGGAAGACAUCUUACAGGAUAACUCCUCUUCUCGGGAAGAUGCGAAGAGAAUACAGAUGCAACACCUAGGCGAUUUUCUAGGCAUUCAUGGACCACCUCUGGACGAUUUGCAAGAUCUCCAAGAGCUGGUGGCGCCAGGAUCUUGUCGUUGGUUUCUCGAGAGCCCUCUGUUCCAGAAAUGGCUUCAAGAAGACUCUGAGUAUGCUAGGAUUUAUUGGCUCACUUCUAAGCCCGCUGCUGGUAAAUCAGUCCUUGCCGCUCAUGUUGUUUCUCAUCUGCAAGGGCUUGGACUAGACUGCUCUUAUUACUUUUUCAAGCAUGGAGACAAGACUAAACAGCUAGCAAGUGGCUUGCUACGGUCUUUGGCCUAUCAAUGUGCUUCUUCAAGCGAUGACUUCAGGCGGCUGUUAAAUCUGCUUCAAGAAGAUAGCAUCCAAUUCGACCUGGACGAUGAACGUGCAAUCUGGAGGAAAGUCUUCAUGAAUUGCCUCCUCAGAGCCCCCGUCUCUGGACUCCAAUUCUGGGUCAUCGACGCCCUCGAUGAAUGUGUGAACACAGCAAGAUUCAUACCGUUCUUAGCUAAGAUCGAGUCUGCCUUCAGAAUACGGAUACUGGUCACCUGCAGGCCAACAACCGAGUUAGAUCGACAUUUCACUAGUUGGGGCUUCAGACUGGUAAGGAGUGAGAUCUCUAUAGAAGAUUCCUUGAAGGACAUACGACUAUAUCUACAAAAUGAAGCAGACUGUCUUCCUAUCUCUGACCUUGAGAAGCGGCAAAGUCUCAUUGAGAAGAUAAUUUCAAAGUCCGCUGGCUGUUUUCUCUGGAUCAGAGUUGUGCUUCAGGAGCUGGAGCGUGCUUGGAGCGAACAACAAAUUGAGGACAUUCUCGAUGAAGUUCCACCGGAGAUGGAGCCUCUCUAUGACAGGGCCGUAGAGAUAAUCUCCAGAAAUGCGCAAAGCAAGCACAUUGCACAUGCAAUUCUCACGUGGGUUUUAUGUGCUGUCCGUCCGUUGAAGACUGCCGAGCUGCAAGAUGCUCUUGAACGCGGAAUGAACAUGAAAAUGUUUCGCUUCGAUAAAUCGGUGGAGACACUUUGUGGUCAUUUAAUUUCCAUCCAGAAAUCUGGAAGCAUCACUAUGGUGCAUACAACUGCUCGAGAAUACUUGUUGCAUCGGGUCCACAGUUCCGGUUUCAUAGUGGACAAGGCCUUGAGCCAUCAGAAGAUGGCGAUGACCUGUCUGGAGUAUCUAGCCGGAGAAGAGAUGCGGCCACCACGUCUUGGUGGCAAGGCGUAUAACUCACGCCGGCUCGAUCGGUCUUUGUUCGCAGAUUAUGCAUGCACAGCGUUUUCUGAGCACAUAGCGAACGCCCCAUCCGCCUUCAACGAGUUGAUGAUCCUGCUGCACAAAUUUCUGCGAACGAAUGUCUCUACAUGGAUUGAGUACAUUGCUCAGAAUCAUGACCUUUAUUAUUUGAUGCGAACGGCCAAAAACCUGCGACAAUACCUUAAGAGGCGGGCAAAGCAUGUCUCACCUCUAGGCGUAGAGUUUCAAAGAGUCGACGGCUGGUCGACUGAUUUGAUGCGCGUGCCAGCGAAGUUUGGAAGGCGUCUCACGAGUAUACCGAGCUCGAUAUACUUUUUGAUACCUCCGUUCUGCCCGAAAGACUCGAUGAUACGUCAACAGGGCGACCUUGGUCCAAACAGAAUCCGAGUCAGUGGCCUGUCCAACAGCACGUGGGAGGAUUGUGUAGCUUGGAUUGAAUAUAAGUCCACUUGGGCAACGGCAAUGGCAUGUGGAGAUAAUUUCCUGGCCUUGGGAAUGAAAUCUGGCGCUGUCAACCUAUAUAAUCAAUUCACCUGCCAGGAGAAGCAUGUUUUUCAGCACGGUGAGCCAGUCAAAAUCUUGAAAUUCGAUGGCACCUCUCGGCGUCUGAUUUCUGCUGGUGCAAGGCACUUGCGAUUGUGGACGAUCAAUGGCGAGUUAACUUGGACAAGUAAGCUGAAACAGCCCUGCGUCACUGUGUCAUUUGCCGAAGAUGACAGUGUCAUUCUCGUUGCGACACGUUCUAACGAAGGACUCUCAUUAGCGGUGGCUGAUGGUUCUACUCCUCUGGCCGCUACCAUCUCCGCGGAUGCGAAAACGCUUGCACUGGUUUAUCGCGGUCGACCAGUUCACCUUUGGAGUGUAGAAGAUGACUACCUUUUCGCGUUCUGUGGAAGAGACGCAGGAAAACAGAACUCCAAUAUCUCCCCAGCCACGGCACUAUUUAACCCAAACUCAAAAGUUAGCCUCCUUGCCAUCGGAUAUCAAGACUGUUUCCUCGGGAUAUAUGAUACUGAGACCCAAGAGGAACGGAAUAUAGUUUCGGGCGGAGGCAUGGCUCUAGCCGCGACACCCGACGGUCGUACUCUAGGGACGAGUGAUGCGGCCGGAAAUCUGUGCCUUUGGGAUUUCGAGACCCUAACGUUAUUAUAUCGAGUGAGAUCAUGCGAUGAAGGGCUGAAGUCUCUCUCUUUCAGCGGUGAUGGGCUCCGGAUUUUUGACAUUCGGGACACCAUUACCGAAUUUUGGGAGCCUCUUGCACUGGUUCGAAAGAAUUUGGAUGAGGAUUCCAGUGUUAGCGACUCCGUACAUGUUGCUCCUGCUACUGAGAGAUUUGAAGCUGAAAGAGCGAUGGAGAUCACGGCUUUGAUGUCCCUUCCAUCAUGCGAUACACUCUUGGUUGCCAAGGAGGAUGGCAGCGUAGUCUGCUAUGACUCUAUUUCAGGUGUAGAGGGUCACAAGCUCUUUUCACAUACAAAGGAUAUCUUCGUCACAACGAUGACUUGGUGUGAUCAAGGAAAUAUGUUGGCGACAGCGGACGUAGGAGGCAGAGUCUUAAUUUGGCAGCUGGCAGAUGCACAAGGUUGGCAAGCGUCCAAAUUACUUCUCGAUUGCCAUCCGCGGCAGUCUGUUCGACAAUUACUGCUGAGUCCGAAAGGAGAUCGUCUCAUCGUAUCAACUGUGACACGUGACACUCUCUGGUCAAUAUCGAAGGACUCUGAGUCCACCAGGCAACUCGCGACGUUAGAACAUCCCUCUCGAGCUACCUGGAGAUGGACGGUGUCUCAUCGCAACGACGAUGAAGUAAUUCUGAUGCUUGAUUAUGACAUUUCCUUUUACACCUGGGCUGAUUUGAAGAAGACAGCAGACCUUGGUGUGUCUUUGGACUUUCCCGGAAACAGCCUCCUUGAGGCGGAAUCUACUGAACUGCAGACUUUCCACGUGUCGUCUGACAAGUCGGCACUUUUGGCCAAUUUCACUCAGGUGCGCCGCGACCGGUCAAGUGCAGCAUUCUUGAUAUGGGCAAGUACAAGUAUGGACGAUGGCUUAGGACGAUCGAAUAACUGUCCGGUAAAAAUCAAACCGUUCCUCUUCCAGAGUGUGAAAUACUUCAUCGGCAUCGCGGGCUCCUCUUUGCUCGUCUUCCUAGAUAACGACCUAUUCCUUUGCUCGUGCGACAUCUCGUGUCUUGUUCCAGCUGCGGGGACGAAGAAUCAUGAUGCUAAGCCUCGAUAUACCCGACACUAUUUCAUACCAAAUGAUUUCGUCACACGAACACGAGGGUCUAUGGCUGCUGUCACAGCCAAGGGUGACGUUGCUUUUGUCAAAGAUGGAGAGAUCGCUGUGGUCAGUUGUCCUUUAGAGUCUUUCAUUACCCAGCGAAUGUAA